ACUGCGGUAGUUUUCAAACUUCGCAAAUUCUAAAUAUCCGAUAAUUAUAAAAAUAAGAAAUAUUUUAUUGCCUAGUUGAAGUAUAUAAAGUAUAUAAUGACUUUGCAGUGAUAAAACUAUUUUUUAGCGCGACUUUUCGUAUUUUGACUUCAGUACUUGAGCAAUGGAUAAAAGAAAACAAAAACAUAAGGUUGUACGAAAUUCAGAAUUACCUAAUGAGUUUGAACAAAUUAAUCAUCAAGAAUCCAUAAUAAAUCAUGAAGAAGCAAUGUUAAUAGAUUCCGAUUCUCGGGAAUCCAUUACAAUAAAUCAAAAAGAUCAAUGGACUGAAAUGGAACAAUCUAUUCAGGCAGCAUUAAUGGAUAGUAACAAUAAUAAUUCAGUAGAAAUUACUCAAAACAUUGAUAACGCCGGUGUACAAGGUUUAGAUGUACGUGAAGUUGACAAUGACAUGAUUUCAGUUAAUACUAUAAAUAUUGAUUACGGAGAAGAUUCUGAAAUAGGAGAGAAAAAUGACAAGAAAGAUCAUCAUGAAACUGUUAAACAAAAAAAGUCUGGAUAUAAUGUUAUCCAAGCUACAGAUUGGGGGUCAAAUCAUAAGGAAGAGUUUAAUUCUUCUUUCGGAACUGAAUCUAAUAAAGCUUGUGCAAUUGCUUGGAAAUCUCUUUCAGAACCCGACAAACAAAAAUACGAGGAAAAGACUUCAUUGGAAGAAAUGAAAGAAGUUCAAUUUGAUUAUAUUGAAAAUUCAAGGAAACGUCAUGCACAAGCACAAUCUGACAUUAAUAACAUAAAAAAUACGAUUUGCUGUAUGGAAAAAAAAUGUGGAUUAGAAGUAGCAAUGCUUAUUGUACCUAGCAGAAGUAAUGAUUCAUUUUCUUCAACUUUUAUUGGCACGAAUAGUGGUGAAGCGUUCUUUAGUGCCAGUCCUGAAAUGUAUCCUUUAUUAGAUAAAUUUGAAAUUUUUUCAAAAAAUCGUUAUCUUGAACAAACUGGGCAAAUAGUUACACCGCCAGCUAAAAGAAUUAAGAGGGAACUUUCUACCACACCAAAUUCUACUUCAAAAUAUAAUGAUUUGUCUCACAGUCCAAUUGUUGUUAGUAGUACGCAUAGAAACAUUAAUUCUGCUGAUGUUAAAGCAAGAGUUAGAGCUAUUUUACGUGCUCGUUAUAAUAGCGCUCUCGGCACAGAAGGUUUAAUAAUUCCUUACAAAAAAUGGAAAGAUCAUCAAGGUGAAAUAGAAGUUAUAGGAUGGCCCAGUGAUGUACCAUUUGAUGAUUUUGGUGUUCUUAAAGUUGCCCAGAAAAAACAAAUUUUAGAUUGUUUAUAUAAUAUUUCUUUUAGGAAAAAAGACGAUAAAAUUGUGCUCAAUUAACUAAUUGACGCUUUAUACAAAAUAAUUUUCAAAAAAGAUUAAUUGCUGUGAACCAAUUCUUUUUUAAAAAAAGUAAUAAAAAUAUAUAUAUCAAAUGUUUGAUAGAUAGUAAUAAUAUGACGUUUGAUUUAUUAAUCUUAAUUUAGAUACUAGACAUUUUCGAUAUAGUUAAUGAUAGAGAUUAUAUUUAAAUAAAAUGCUACCAAAAAGACCCA